GGCGGUGCGUUCCCGGGCAGUCUGCGCGAGGGCCCGGCCCGGCCGGCGGCCCCUCAGUCCCCUCGCCCUCUUCGCUCCACGUCGUCUCGGCUCCCGGGGGAUGCCCCGGACCAGGUUCCCUUCAUGGCUGCCGACGUGUUCAUGUGUUCGCCGCGUCGGCCCCGCGGUCGGGGCCGCUCGGUGCUGCUCAAGCCUCAGGUGCCGGAGGACGACGACGACUCGGACACCGACGAACCGUCUCCGCCGCCCUCCGGCGUGGCCACCUCAGCCCGGGCCCACGCGAGCGCUGCGCCGCUGCCACCCCGGGCCGGGCUGGGCCGCGAGGAGCCUCCGCGCCGACAGCAGAUCAUCCACAGCGGCCACUUCAUGGUGUCCUCUCCGCACCGCGAGCACCCGCCCAAGAAAGGCUAUGAUUUCGACACGGUCAACAAGCAGACGUGCCAGACCUACAGUUUCGGCAAGACCAGCUCCUGCCAUCUGUCCAUUGAUGCUUCGCUCACCAAGCUCUUCGAGUGCAUGACCCUGGCCUACAGUGGGAAGUUAGUAUCUCCAAAGUGGAAAAACUUCAAGGGUCUGAAGCUUCAGUGGCGGGACAAGAUCCGGCUCAACAACGCCAUCUGGCGGGCAUGGUACAUGCAGUAUUUGGAGAAACGCAAGAAUCCCGUGUGCCACUUUGUUACUCCACUAGAUGGCUCUGUUGAUGUAGAUGAACACCGCCGGCCAGAGGCCAUCACUACAGAGGGCAAAUACUGGAAAAGUCGCAUUGAGAUUGUGAUCCGGGAAUAUCACAAGUGGAGAACCUACUUCAAGAAAAGGCUACAGCAGCACAAGGAUGAGGACCUCUCUAGCCUGGCCCAGGAUGAUGACAUGCUCUAUUGGCAUAAACAUGGAGAUGGCUGGAAAACCCCAGUCCCCAUGGAGGAGGACUCACUGUUGGACACAGACAUGCUCAUGUCAGAAUUCAGUGACACCCUCUUUUCCACACUUUCUUCACACCAACCGGUGGCCUGGCCCAACCCACGGGAAAUAGCACAUUUGGGAAAUGCAGACAUGAUCCAGCCAGGCCUGAUCCCUUUGCAACCCAACCUGGACUUCAUGGACACCUUUGAGCCUUUCCAGGAUCUCUUCUCUUCCAGCCGAUCCAUUUUUGGCUCCAUGCUGCCUACACCUACAUCAGUACCUGCCCCAGAUUCUAGCAGCCCACCUUCUCAGGGGAACAUCUUGUCAAACACAGCUCUUCCCACUGUGAACCUGCCCAGUAGCCUCAUUGCACCUUCUGCAGCCCCUGCCCUGGAUCCCACGGAUGGGCAGGGUUGUGAACGCACUUCCCAGACUGUGGACCCAUUUAUUCAACCUGCAGACUUUGGUCCCUCUGAGCCACCACUGAGUGUCCCCCAGCCCUUCCUCCCUGUCUUUACUAUGACCUUACUUUCCCCGGGCCCUGCCCCAGCACCUGUCCCGACUGCACUGCCCCUAGUCUCUCCUCCUGCCUCUGCUCUGAACGCCUCAACUCCACCAGCUUUCCUACAGCCACAGAAGUUUGCUGGAGUCAGCAAAUCAACCCCUGUCAUCACCCACACAGCCUCUGCCACUCUUACCCAUGAUGCUUCUGCAACCACCUUCAGCCAGAGCCAGGGCCUUGUCAUCACAGCGCACCACCCAGCCCCCUCCUCAUCGCCCUGUGGUCUGGCACUGUCACCCGUACCCCAGCCACCAGCUGUGGGGCCUCCCCAGCCUCACUUAACUUUUAUACACCCCAAACCUGUGUCCUUGACGGGAGUGAGACCCAAGCAACCCCCCAAAAUAGUGCCUGCUCCCAAACCUGAGCCUGUGUCUUUGGUGUUGAAGAAUGCCUGCAUUGCUCCAGCUGCCUUCUCAGGCCAACCACAAAAGGUGAUCAUGACGUCAGCCCCUCUGAAGAGAGAAGGGAUUCUGGCAUCUACUGUGUCCCCAUCCAAUGUGGUCAUUGCUUCUGCUGCCAUCACCAGGGCUUCUGGAGUCACAGAGUUCCUCAGCCACAACACGAGCAACCAGUCUACCCCUGUCUCUCGGCUCUUCUCUCCAAGUACAGUCCAAGACUCCCUGGUGAAGGGCGAGCAGGCCCCUGCCACAGGCGCUAGCCGUGACUGCCCCAACUCAGGGCAAGCCUCUCCAUGCCCAUCAGAACAAAGUCCCAGUCCUCAGUCUCCCCAGAACAACUGCUCAGGGAAAUCUUCAGACCCCAAAAAUGUGGCUGCAUUAAAGAAUCGGCAGAAGCACAUCUCAGCUGAACAGAAGAGGCGUUUCAAUAUCAGGAUGGGUUUCAACACCCUCAACAGUUUGAUCUCCAAUAAUUCCAAGCAGACCAGCCAUGCCAUCACACUGCAGAAGACCAUGGAAUACAUCACCAAGCUGCAACAGGAGCGGAUGCAGAUGCAAGAGGAGGCCCGGAGGCUCCGGGAGGAAAUUGAGGAGCUCAAUACCACCAUUAUCUCCUGCCAACAGCUGCUACCUGCCACAGGAGUCCCUGUCAACUGCCGCCAGUUUGACCACAUGAAAGACAUGUUUGAUGAAUAUGUGAAAAGCCGGAUCCUGCAGAAUUGGAAAUUCUGGAUUUUCAGCAUGAUCAUCAAGCCACUGUUUGAGUCUUUCAAGGGGAUGGUGUCCACCAGCAGCUUGGAGGAGUUUCACCGGACAGCGCUUUCCUGGCUGGACCAGCACUGCUCUUUGCCUGUCCUUAGGCCAAUGGUACUGAGCACCCUCCGGCAGCUGAGCACCACCACCUCCAUCCUCACAGACCCGUCCCAGCUGCCAGAGCAGGCGUCAGAGGCUGUUUCCAGGAUUGGCAAGAGACUGGGGGAGCCCUAAGCUUAGUUGGCAUGUGGCUGCAUGAGACGCCUGAAGAUCCCCUGUACCCUUCCUGAUGCACCGCCUCAGGGCUGCCCUUGACCCCAGUGACCCACUGCACUGGUCAGGGUGACGCUGUGCUCAGGUCUGAAGCAGGUUUGGGGCCUGCCCACAGCUGUGUCCCAUCUUGGGAACUCUUGCUGUGACCCCUCACUCAGUGACCUCAAUCACCAGGCUCCCCUGCAUUUGGAGUGGCCCAGAAAAAGGGAAACAUCGGCUGUUCUGUUCUUGCCCUCCUGGUGGCCUAUUGGAGUGCAGUGUCAGCAAGUGCCAGACAAGGAGACGGAGCCUGCUCCUGUAGGUGGGAUCAUCCAGGGUCCUCAGAAUUCCUUUCUUGAGACUUGAGCCUUGGCCGCUGUCACAUUGGUACCCACUUGUGCUCCUCUGGCAACCCCUGCACACUUCUGGCCACUAUAGCAGCAGUGAGGUCUCUGUCUCCUGCAACCCUGGCAGCACCUGGCCCUCUGGGCUACAUUUCUGAUCACUGCAGAAAGGAAUGUGCCUCCUCUCUGGUGCAUUCUAUUGAAAGGGGGAAAUCUCCACAAACCCCUGAGCACACAUGGAAAAUGGUGGGCAUGGAGGCCAGCUGUACAGGGCGACAUCACAGGCACUGCACAGCUGCUGCUCUGACUCAGAAACCCUCCAAGCAGUGUGCCAUCUAUUAUGUCUCAGCUCUGCCUGGCAUUGCAGUCACCAUGGCAUUCCCAACAUUGCCAGGGACUUGGCCUAGAGCCUCUAAGGCCCAUUCUCCACCCACUUGUACUCUGCAGUUGUGGAAAAGGCAGUACACUCCAGGAACAAUGUCAUCCUUGGUUCUAGCAUUCAGAAGGUCACACUCCAUGAUGCUGCUGUCAUCCUGGUCAUUUUAUCUGAAGUUUAGCUGGGAGCUCCACAUCAGGACAGCUCUCAGACCAAAGAUGCCAUCCUACUAAAGAAGUCUGACCCAUCUUGUAUUAGGAGGAAGAAACAGAAAGUUGACAGACAGACAGACAGCCCUUGAAGCUGUCUCCAUGCUAGAUGGUAAAGAGUUGUACUCAGAUUUGGACCAGUAAAGUUUGGAGGCUGACAUGUGUCUGAAGGUUCAGUUGCCCCAGUAAGCUUGUUACAGUUGGUAGAGACGGGGAAAGGUUGGGAAGGUGGCACUUGAGCCUCAUCCUUCUCUUUGCUGCCUCUGAGAUGCUACAGGUGUGAGGUACUCUCUGCAGCACUCAGGGAGCCCAGUCAAGGGCACCUCCCAGGAAGAAUGUCCUUUUUUGUCCUGCUGUGACACCUAGAGCGGGCAGCAGGCUUUUUCUUGGACUCUGUCCUGGCCCCUCCUCACCGCGCUGCCUGCUGUGGGGGGACCUCAUGGAGAAGGAGCCCAGGAUGUCCUCUGAGACUGAUCCACCGGAAGCUCCUGGUGAUGCCUGAGGCCUGCCCUGGACUAAGGUGGAGAACAAAGGAAGGGUAAGGGCUGCUGACUGCGGCACCAUUGAUGCUGUGAGCCCCUGACCUCAUGCUUGCUCCCUGUCUGAUUUCUGUCCUGUUUGGGAAUAGCGUGGUGGUCCUCCUCAGCGUCCCCAAAACAUGUUUACAGGUUGAGGGAUGAACACAAAGCGCAUAGGCUGGACCUUGCAAUUUCUACCGGGCACCCCCUCCUUUCCCAAAAACAAGGUGAAAUUUUUCUUCAGAAGAUAAAGGCCACUGUGGCAGAAGGAAGAACUAAAACGCUGCUUUGAGGGUCUCGAGAAGCUCAGCCCUUCCUCCUCCUGUCCACGUGACACGGGCCACACCAUGGCUGUGAGGGUCCUGGUUCUGUCCACCCUUGCUGGGGAGUAACCUUGUUUUUAAAACUCUGUGGAUGUAAGAUUGGCCCUGUGCGUCUCUUGCCCACCUCUCCAUCUUGCUGAGUUAAUCUCAUCCUGUUUCAUCGAUUGUGUAAAAUUGGGGGGAGGAAGGAUGAGGGUGAGAGAGAGAGGAGAGAGAGAGAGAGAGAGAGAGAGAGAGAGAGAGAGAGAGAGAGUGUGUGUGUGUCCUGUCAGACUUUAUUAGGUGCAUUUUUUUUUUUAGUGACUCCAUUUCCCUUUUCUUGGUGCUCACUUUUGCUGUGGCUGUGAGGUCACAAUGCUUUAAAAUCUCCAGGAAUGAUUCUACCUUGGAGAUUUUCUUGUUUUGAAAUCUUGCCUGAUGAACCUGGCCAAUCAGAGGGUCCUGGCCUUGGCUUCUGUUCUGUACACCCAGGACAUUUGGGAAUAGUCAAGGCCACUCCGCUGGGGAUCUCCACUGGGCGCUGACCACACUGUUCGACCAGAGUUUGUUUACAGUUACUCUCACUUUCCCAUUCCUGUCCCCACUCACAAAGAAGAACCUUCAAAAUGUGGGCAUGUUGGAGAAUAAGAAUAUGGACCUAAAAGGAUAAACCACAAAGCCACCUGGGAAAUCUCUGCAAGUGUCUGUGAAAUCUUCACAAGCCAUCAGCGCAUGUUCUGUCUGUUUUCACAGUGAGUGAGGGCUGCAGAGGUAGGGAGCUCUGGCUAAGGGCUUCCUCAGAGUUAACAGGAUAUACACCAGCUGUCACCCUCAGGAGAGGCUGGCCGUGCUCCCGUGGUUUUACACAGCACAGAGGAAACACUGCUGCAUCGGGACUUGGUGUUGACAUACUGCGUCUUAAAAGAAGCUGGAAAUGGUCAGCCAGCAUGAAUUCUCAUGUGACCCAACCGUGAACCUGGAUCUUGUCUGUGUGCUCAGGACCUGUUCCCUCCCUCUGUCCUCAGAUCUAUACUCUGACAGAGAGUGGCAUCCCUAUAGAUUGUAGAGACAUGGCACCCAUUCCUGCUGUAGUCCGGUGGCCUGUGGCACUAUGGCUGCCUGCGGGAUGGAUCACCUGCCCUCAACUCAGGCCUCAGCUCCAUUCACUUGCUGGCUCUUGUCUUCCUUCCACACUGUCAGAAAACCCUUUCUGUUCAUCCUAACCUGACUCCUCAAGGCUCUCAGUUCCUGUGUGUGUGGAAGGUGGUUUUUCAGUGUCAUCUUGUGGUCCUCUUGGCAAGAUGUGUGGACAGUAGUACAAGAGUAGUUAUCUAGAAUGCCAGUGUAGUCAAGAAGUGCAGCUUGGGAUCAGCCCCUCGGUGCCUUGCAGUGUGUUGAGAGGACCUGCUCUGGGCCUGCAUGUCUAACAGGAAAGGGGCAGUUCCCGUGGAAGAGCAUGAAGCUCAGGGCAUGUGUGAACUGUGUCCUUCAGCACACACCUUGGCCAGGAUCUGUUUUGCAGGGUUUGAGAUUUUUGUUUGUUCAUUUGUUUGGUUUGAUUUGGUUUGGUUUUUCGAGACAGGGUUUCUUUGUGUAGUUUAUAGCCUAUGCCGGAACUCACUCCAUAGCCCAGGCUGGCCUUGAACUCACAGAUCCGCCUGCCUCUGCCUCCUGAGUGCUGGGAUUAAAGGCGUGCGCCACGGACAGCUGUUGGGAGACACCAGGAGUGUGAGAAGCCUUAGAGAACAGCCCCCACCCUGUGUCUCUUCAAAUGUGGGCAAGAACAGAUCAGCCACCAGCUCCCUGAGGAAUGGGCCUCCCUGUUCACUAGAUAGGACUGUCUGCUUGUCAGAGCUUGCAGAAAGAAAAGGGAACUUUCCACAAUGAAUGUUAACAUGUGUGUGCACGCGCACUUGCUCGAGCCUGUGUGUGUGCAUGUGUGUUUACUUUGUGGAAUUUUAUUUUUGUGAAAUUCCUUUCCAGUUAUUUAGCAGAAUUCACCUGUAUCUCCCUGCCAAACUUUGGUUCCACACUUAUAGCUCUGGGCAUGGUGAAUUUCGAAUUCCUUUGGGGUUUCUGAUCUGGCAUUCUCAAGAGCUGAGAUUGGACAAGGCAGGGAGACACUGACAUUUUAUACAUUUCCUAGUUUCCAUCCUGCAGGUUAAAAGGACAACUAGGCUGUGUCUCUCGGAGGGGUUCAGUCCCCACCCCAGGCACUUCGUCACUUGACCCCCACCUGUAAAGGGAAAGCAGGCUUUCUCUGCCUGCUCUGCAGCGCCUCAGCUGAAACAGCAUGUUCUCCUCCUUCAAGUCCCCCAGUUUCAGCAUCUGUGCACAGGCUGUGUGUUGUGUGCCUUGGUGAUGGUCUAGGGCUCCUUUGAGGGCAGCUACACCUGGUUAGGGUGGCUGUCACCUAAACCAGAGAUCCCUGGGACUGCCCACCUGAGCCCGGUCCUCUUGAUUCCCUGCUGUUGACAGACACGAUUCCACCAGCUGUACCCAACACUACAAUGCAUUUUUAAAACUAUAUUUGCAUCUAAGACAAUAAAAAAACUUAUUUUUUUUGGAAA